UGUCAACACGAAACAUGUGUGUGAAACAAGGAAGUAAACUUAUUAUAUUUUACACAUGUAAACGCAUCAGAUAAACAUAACACUUUGCUUCUGUAAAUGAUAGAGUUAUAGAAUGCGCGAGACCGGAUAUUGUCUUAAGCGUUACAGACUAACGUUACGUCACGUCCAACAAGAAUAACGCGCCCAAACUCCGCAUUGAUGUUUUGUCUCUCCAGUGCAGGGGCUUGUCUGAACAUGGCCGCCCAGUCUAGAGAUGUGACCCCACUGCGGUGCUGGAAAGAUAAAGACGGAGGUGCCAGAUUCAUCUCUCCUUCAAUUUCCUCACUAUAUGUUGUUUGUAGGAGGAGCUCAAAAGAAAAAGAAAAACCGGAAUAGAUGGAGAGAGAGGAGGAUAAACAGGCAGGGGAGAAAGUGUGGCUGGCCACGUCUGGUAAAGAAAGAGAAGAAGGAGGACAUAUUGGUGGUUUUUCAGCUGAAAGAGGAGCGAUGAUGGUUCUGGUUUUACCAGGUUUCGUUGGGAGCUCACAGUUGGAGGAAAGUCCACCAUUUGGACUCUCUCUUUCCUCUGACCACACAAACACCUGGGCUCCGUCCGUCUGGUCGUCCUCUUCCUCCUCUCUGGCCUGUCUCUCUCCUCCUCUUCCUCCUUCUCUGGGGCUGGAUGGUGUGCUGGCAGAGCAGCGUCUGGCUGGAGGAGAGGUUCUCCCUGUGUUCUGGGAGUGUGCUCAGGAGCGGAUGAGAGGCCUGCAGUACCUCAGACUGGGAUCAGAGGACGAGGGGGCGCUAGAGAGAGCACUGAGUGUGCUGCCCCGACUCACACAACUGCGCUCUCUGACUAUCAGAGGACACCGUUUCCAUGACUCUCGGGAUGAGCCUCUCCCCGGGCUGCUCUCCUCUCUUCCUGACUCUGUCUCUUCACUCUCUCUCCUCGUUCACCUUGAUCUCUCCUUCAACCGUCUCUCCUCUCUUCCUCCGUGUCUCCUGUCUCUCUCUCAUCUCUCUGAGCUGCUGCUGUGUCAUAAUCGGCUGAGGGGUCUGCCGGAGGGUCUGGGCGUGAGUCUGCUGGGGAACAGGCUGGUGGAUCUGCCCCGGGGUGUGGGCCUCCUCUGCAGGCUGGAGGAGCUGGACGUGUCCUUCAACCAGCUGGAGAGACUUCCAGAUGAACUCGGCCAACUUCAGGACUUACAGAAACUAGAGCUGUCCAAUAACAGGCUCAGAGCGCUGCCGGAGACUCUGGGGUCUCUCCGCUCUCUGAGAAAGCUAGUACUCCAGAGUAAUGAUCUGAGGAGUGUUCCUGAAUGUUUGCGCUCCCUCCCGCUGCUCGACAAACUGGACUUGAGGAACAACCCGCUGGGUCGACCGCUAACACCCCCACGGAUCGCCCAUGUGACCCCAGUUCUGGAAGAAUCUGGGAUCCCAGAGCUGCACCUCUGAUUUCAUCAACACAGUUUUCAAGUGUCACCUGCUGGCUGUCACGUGUUCCUUCCUGGAGGGGCGGAGCUCUUGUUUCCACGGAGAUGCGUAAAUGCAGUAACACAUCUCCAGUGGGCGGAGAGGAGACUAGACAGGAAGUGGGUGUGGCUAGAUGAGCAUGACAUCCUGUUGAGUCGACAGCUGGAGCUCCGCCCACACGGAGCCACAUUUGAGAAGGUUAUCAUUUUUGUUUAUCAAGCUUUUCUAAUAAUGUCUUUCCUGUGUAAUGUAACAAACAAAACAGUGUGUAUUGCAGAUGCAUGUUUUAGCUUUGUGUGUGUGUGUGUGUGUUUAGGACACAUGGUGGACAUGUCCCGUUUGCACCUAAUGCACGGUGACCCCACGGCCCACACCUGGACUGACAUCACUGCUCAGGUGUCGCUUCAGGUCACGCAGAUCUACGUCCUUUUCUCCAUCACAAACUUCUCAUGGUACUGGUUGUGGUACACCACUCACACGUGUGUUAGCGGGGUCAGGAAGAUGUAUCACCACUUGAAACAGUUCCGGGUUCGAUUUCUGGCACUACAGAGAAAAAGCCACCCAGAGCAAGUUCUGCUGCAGUGUCUGCCAUCGGACAGGGCUGAAAGCAGGUUGCUGUCUCUGUCGGAGCAGUAUGAAGGGCCUCAGCCGUCGGAGUUGUGCGUCCUGCUGGAGGGAGAGCAGUUUUUUGCCGGUUUUGAGAGAGGCAUUGACAUCAAUGCAGACCGUCCAGACUGUAAAGAUGGCAGACUCUCAUUCACCUUUCACUCUCACCUGAAGAACAUUAAAGAGGUGCACGUGUGCCCGACCCACCCACAGCAGGGCACAGUGAGGGGACAGGUGUCAUUUUACCGCGGUGAAGUGCCCAGUGAUCUUCCCGAGGAAGUGACGAGUAAAAGAAAAGGUCAUGACAACCAGUGGAAGGCGACGCUUCCUCUCCAGAUAUCUAACGCAGACUGUGAUGGGAGCAUCUCUGGCGAGCUGAACCUGGGCGACCCGGAAAGCGGCUACCUGACACAGACUAACCUGCUGUCCAUCUGCUUACGCAUCAAUCAAGAGUGGCAGAACAUCGGCAUCAACCUGGGCAUCAGCUACGACCAGCUGGAACGCAUCCGCAACCAACACAGGGACUUUGGGGCCCAGGUGUUGGCGAUGCUCUUUCAUUGGGUGAGAGGGCAGCAGGGGGCGGGGCCUGGGGUGGUGCAGCGGCUGAUGAAAGCACUGGUGGACAGUGGUAGGCGGGACUUGGCGGUGGAAGUAGAGGACAUUGUGAAUCUGGGGAAGAGGAAGUAUGAAGAAUCAUUAAAGAGAGUCGGACUAGAGACAGCAGCCAGCUCUGCAGACCCUCAGUCCAGCUGACACACGCUCACAUUGUGACAUAUAAACUCCCACCAGCAGCACUGCAGACCAACAGUGACACACACACACACACAGACAGACAGUACAGUCUCUGGGUCUCCGAGCAGAUUCAGUCUGUCUGAAUGAUGUCUUCAUUAGAUGUUUGUCUCUCUCUCCUGUGCCUCCUCAGCUCACAGUGUCCAGCAGAUGUGAUUUAUUUGUAGUGAGACACAAUGCUGCACAUGAGCCAUCCGUACUUGUUACAUGUUCUUAGUGUUUUAACCAAGAAAAAUCUAAAAUAUUUUUUAUGUAUGUGGGUGAAUCCCACGCAGCCUCUAAAUAAAGGUCAUAUUUCACCCUAAAAUCAACUAAAAAAUAUGAUUAAUUUAACAUUAACUUAUAUUCAAUAAAUACUUAUACAUUUUGAAUAAAGAAACUGAAGCUA